AUGUGUGGACUAACAGCUUUUCUUGCCCUCCAUGGGAGGUCUGACUGGCAGCACGACGAAUAUACAGAUACUGGAGACCUGGAACAGAAGGUCAACGACAGUCUAGACCUGAUUAGACACCGAGGACCUGACGCUCGAGGGCAAUGGCUUAGCUCGGACUGUCGAGUUGGGCUUGGACACGUCAGACUUUCAAUUAUUGAUUUGAGUCCCGCCGGAAACCAGCCAUUCCACGACAGCGAAGAUAAUGUUCAUGCCGUUGUAAACGGUGAGCUUUAUGACUAUGACCGUAUCAAGGCUGAGCUGUCGGGCGAAUAUGACUUCAAAAGCAGAAGCGAUUGCGAGAUUGUCAUUGCACUUUACAAACAUUACGGAGAGUCGUUCCUCUCGCACUUACGGGGCGAGUUCGCUCUAGUCCUAUGGGAUGCCAGGCGACAGCUGUUCAUCGCAGCCAGGGACCGAUACGGAAUCAAGUCUCUCUACUAUACAGUCAUAGAUGGCCGACUAGUGGUUGCCACUGAGAUGAAAUGUUUUCUGUCUUUCGGAUGGAGUCCUGAAUGGAAUGUCGCCAAUCUGAGGGAGAAAGGCUGGCUGUAUGGGCCCCAGAUGUACUUCAAAGACGUGAGCCGAGUCGGUCCUGGCCAGUACCUCGUUAGCCAAGACUUCAAUACUCCUCGGGUGAAAUCGUACUGGGAUCUUGACUACCCCGAUAAACACCAUGCCUACCCGCGCACAGAAGAAGAGACAGUAGCCAGAGUCCGGGAGCUUCUUCUAGAAUCGGUGCAACAUCGACUUCGUGCUGACGUGGGUGUUGGCGUAUUCUUAAGUGGAGGGCUGGACUCUUCGGCGAUUGCGGGUAUGACGGCACAUAUUAUUCGACAAGGCCAGAGCCUAGGCAACGAUGCAAGCGGAAAUCUCUCCAAUCUAAGCUGUUUUACGGUCCAGUUCGAAAAGACCAGUGGCUUGGAUGAAUCAGAUGUCGCCCGGAGAACGGCAGAAUGGCUAGGAGUUGAUUUCCAUCCAGUCCUUAUGGACGAAGAGGCCAUUGCUUCCAGACUAGAAGAUACAGUGUGGCAUACAGAGACACCCAUACCCGACGUGAAUGGAAUGGGCCGCUUAGCCCUCGCAGAGGCCGCCCAUGCAGCCGGCAAAAGAGUCGUUCUCACCGGCGAGGGGUCCGACGAGCACUUUGCUGGCUAUGCAGACUUCAUAUGGCGUUACAUACUGGAACCAGACCAUUCAUGGGCCUCAUCUGACACGAUGGCCGAGCUACCGGAGGCACGGAAGGCCGCCCAUGCGUUAAUCGCAAAAGGCUUUCUAGGCGCACUUCCCCCUCCUUCCGAUACGGAGGCUUCACGAACUCUCAACGAUAGUUCCGUAUUUCCCAGAUUCAACGCAUUAUUCCAGCCACGCUUCCAAAAGUGGGUCUACAAAGACAGCCACAACCGCCCCGAGUUGUUAUUUGCCAGAAGCUUUAGUGAGAAGGUCCUUGCAGACGUGGCUACAAAGUGGCAUCCGUUGCAUUCAUCAGAAUACCAGUGGACGAAAAGUGUAUUGGCCAAUUAUAUUCUCCGGUAUCUAGGGGACAACAUCGACAUGGUGUACCAGAUUGAGUCGCGCCCGCCCUUCCUUGACCAUCACCUCACCGAAUAUGUGAACAGGAUUCCCCCCAGUCUGAAAAUCAAAUACUGCUCUGUAACAAAGACCUUCCGUGAGAAGCAUAUUCUUCGCGAGGCAAUGAAGCCAUUCGUCACCGAGGAGGUUUAUAACCGCACUAAGCAACCUUAUGUCGGUCCAACCAAGUACAGAAAGAAUGGGCCGGUGUAUAGGAUUCUCGAGACGUUAGUUACAGAGGCCAAUGUCAGAGCUCUGGGUUUCUUGGAGUGGCGUGGGGUACAGGAGGAUUUCGUGAGAGCCUUUCGCGAUCAUGAUACGCUGUCAUUCAAGAAUACACUAUCGGUAGCUCAGAUGGUCGUUCUUGGGAAGCGGUUCGGGGUGAAGACGGCGGAAGAUCCCCAAAGAGAGGCGGUGACUUAUGAAGGGACUGAGAAUGCGAUGCUUAGGAGUCGGUUGUAAUAUAUGCUGUGUUGAG